AUGAAUGUGAUGGCAACAGUGCUGAAUGCAUUGGGUCUGGCAAACUGGAACGCUUGCUCGCUCAAGAGCAAAAUCGUCGUCGAACUCAGCGAUUUCCUUCAGGAGAAAGAGAUUGACGCGGCUUUCAUGACCGAAACCCACCAGAAGCCCGAGAUGCAUCCGCAAUGCCUCCGUUCAAAGUAUCGAUUCCUACGUGCGAGUAAGAUCGAAAAUGACGAAGAGAAGUUUGAUAUGCUACUAGUGCUUGGUGGUCUAGAACUGCAAGAGUUUUAUGACAAAAUUACCAAAUAUGAAGUUCAGCAAAUUUUGCAAUCAGGGGAAGUAAUCGUGUUUCAGUAUGAAUCAGCCAUAACCUCAUUGGAAAAGUAUUUUGCCCCGCAACUGAACAAAAGGUUUGAAAGGCAUUUGUUCAGGGAAAUGAAGCAGGAAGAAAACGAACCAUUUCAUGAGUUCAUAUUCAGGCUACAGGAUCAAGCGAAACGUAGUGAUUUCAUGGACCCGGACGAUAUGGUAAUUGAUCAAGUAGUAGAGGGUUGUAAAUCAACUGAGUUGCGUAAGAAACUGUUGACCAAAGAGUUAACCCUUAAUGAUGUCAUGACACUUGGGAAGACAAUUGAGGAGGUACAAAAACAAUCCAAACAGUAUGACAAACCCUCUGCGUCUACUUUUGAGAGAACUUUGGUGCAACGCGUCGUAGAUCAACGACCGGACAAUCGACAGAAUCUUGAAACCAACAGACGGUGCUAUAACUGCAAUCGUCCUGGACACCUGGCCAAGGAUAUAGGAAAAUGUGCAGCGAACGAUGCCAAAUGCCACGGCUGCGGAACGAAAGGGCAUUUCAAGGCAUGCUGUCGACGAAGAAAGCGAGAAGAAUCUCAGCAACCAUCAGGACCAGCACCGAAACGUCAUUCCGUUAAUGCUAUACUCGACGAAAAGGCAACCACAAAAGGAGUAGGUAUUUACAAUCGAGGACGUAAACCAGCUGAACGAAAUAUGAAAAUACUCUUCAGUGACGCAUUCGAAUCAGAAGUUAAAGUACCAGGAGAUGAAACCGGCGUUUGGGCACACAUCUUGGUUGCACCAGACGGACAAACCAACAUACUGAGCAAAGCUAUCUCAUUCGCGUUAGGUGUGUUGAAUAUCUGUUACAAUAUUAACCACGUAUCCAAUCUAUCUGAAGGUCCAGAAACAUUCCCUAAAGUUCCCAACGUGACGUUGAAAAUCCAAAUCGAUGCGAAUAUCGCUCCUGUAGUUCAAGUCGCUAGGCGACUACCAGUUUCCAUGGAAGCAGAUGUCGAAGAAGCAAUCCGUGGCUUACUGGAGAAGGACAUCAUAGAACGUGCACAAGGACCGUUGAGCUGGGUUUCGCCUCUGGUACCGAUUCGGAAGGCGGAUGGAAAAAUUCGGUUGUGUGUCGACAUGCGGGCAGCAAACCGUGCUGUAAAACGCGAGAAUUAUCCGAUGCCCAACAUUGACGCAGCAAUAACAUCGAUCACGAAGGUGACAAAAUUGUCAAAAAUUGACCUAGAGGCAGCUUACUAUCAUUUCGAGCUAGAUGAAGACAGCCGCGAUAUAACCACUUUUAUAGCUCGCAGUGGGGUCUAUAGGUUCCGCAGAUUAAUGUUUGGCAUUAAAUCGGCUCCGGAGUUGUUCCAGAGAGAGAUGGAGAACCUGUUUAGAGGAAUAGAGGGUGUUAUCGUGUACAUGGACGAUGUGUUGAUUCACGGGGCCACAGACGAAGAAAAAAAAAAUAUUGUCAAACCGAAAGAGAGUGCCUGGCAAUCAUUUGGGCAAUGGAAAGACUCUUCGUGUACCUUUAUGGCAUAA